AUGGGAAGAGGAAGGGUAGUUCUGGAGAGAAUAGAGAACAAGAUCAAUCGUCAAGUAACGUUCUCGAAGCGCAGAAGUGGGUUGCUUAAGAAGGCCUUCGAGCUUUCUGUGCUCUGUGAUGCAGAAGUUGCCCUUAUCAUCUUUUCUAGCCGUGGCAAGCUUUUUCAGUACAGCAGCACUGAAAUUAACAAAAUCAUUGAGAGGUAUCGCCAAUGUCGUUACAGCAAGUCACAGACUGGUGAUUCAUCGGAACUCGAUUCACAGAGUUCAUAUCAUGAAUUCUUGAAAUUAAGAGCGAAAUACGAAUCUCUAGAAAGGACACAAAGGCAUUUUCAAGGAGAAGAUCUUGAGCCACUAAGCUUUAAAGAAUUGCAGAGCCUUGAAAAACAACUAGACAUUACACUCGCACUAACUCGACAGCAACAAACAAAGAAACUCAUUGCACGAGCUGAUGAAUUACGCGAAAAGGUGCACAAAUUGGAAGAUCUUAACAAACAAUUGGAGUCCAAGGAAAAAGAUUAUUUUUCAAGCCUCAUCCUUGAUAAUAACAAUAUUUUUCAACUGCAUGCUACACAAGCCGAUCAAUUUGAAUCCGGAACAACACUAAACACAUGGUUUCAAGACCAAGAAGUUGGGAAAGAAAAAGGAAGUGAUACGAGGACAGAGGGUAACCAAGGCUGUCACCACAAAAGCAAUGGAUGGUUGUAG